AAUGAUGGCUUCUGAUUUGGUCAAUCUGUCGGGGAGGGAAGGGGCAGGGGCCUGAUCAAGGUUUCCCGCAGUGAGCGACUGACCAUGCAGCCCAGCCAGGAGCAGGGAAAGUCUACCACCGUGAAGCCCACAAUCUAAUUUAAAUGGAUUUAGAAGUUAAAGGAGUUUCUGCAUCCUCUAGAGGGCAAGCUCAGCUGUCAUCAAGGGGGAAGAAACUUAGCCAAGGAUGGAGACCAAAUACACGAGCAGCUCGUCCACCUGAGGUACCAUGCCUCGACUUGGGGAGACUGGGAGAUUCCGAUGAAGAGGAUGGAGACACAUAUAUACCAUACAGCAAGGGGUAUCCUUGUAAUGGCUGUACGGAUUCAUCUUCAACUGUUAGUUGGGGAUCACCAUUACAAACUCCUUAUGCACAGCACUUCCAGACUCAACAGAUGCCUGGUAAACCUUGUCAGAAGAAAAUGGAGCAUUCCUUUUGGGAGCAAAAGACAGUACCAGAAAAUCUGCCAUCCCCAGCAGACAAAUACAAACUAAAAUACCAGCAGUAUGAAGCAGAAAUGAAAGAGGGAUAUAAACUGUAUUCUCAGAGAACUGCAGAAAAAAGAAAAGACAAUGCUCAGUCUCAGGAGUGUUCACAGAGGAUAGCUAACAGAGAGGAUCCACAGCCAGAAGACAGGAUUGGUGAAGAUCUUACAGCUCUUGAUGAGAAAGCCCUCUUACAGCAGUGCUAUACAAGCAAUCCAUAUAAUAUACAGCAGAGCAUAAAGAAGUUAGAAGCUGAUGAUACAGCUGCAGAAAAAAGAAAGCAAACUGUAGUAGAGCAGGUAAUGGUGGAUCAGUUAUCUAGGGCAGUAAUAAGUGACCCAGAGCAAAACACAAGUAAUGAUCCUUACCAGAGAGACCUUAUGCUUCCAGCACUUGGGACAGCACCAUUGCGGUUUAGAAAAAGAACAUUACAUGAAACAAGAAUAAGGACCAGAUCAGCAUUAACUGAAAAUAUGCUUUCUAACAAGUUACGCUUUGAUUGUAGAAUUCUCUCAAGGAAUGGGCGUGAUGCCUGUAGGGAGCUGAUUGGAUUCUUUUUUACAUGUGAUGGAUCUCUUACUGUUUAUGAAUAUCGACAGUUUGGCAAAAACAGAGUAAAUGCCUUACCUUUCAUUCAGAAGGGAGUUUAUAGUCAUCAGCACAGUCAAAGAAAAGGAAAGCUCUAUGAUCUUAGCGACUUUUAUAUUGGUGCUAACCUGACUUUUUGGAGCCUUGAUCACAGCCUUCCGGAAAGUAUGAAACAAAACCCAGUGCUUACCCUUCGUGUCACUAAUAUUGAUGAAACAUCUGUGAAUUUUUUGAAUACUACACUGGUGGCCAGAGUUGAAGUACGGGGCUUUGUCCUGGGGCCUCCAACAACAGAACUGGGAUGUCUUCAAAUUCCUCAGACAGAAAAGAUUGAGGGGAGAAGCUGUCAACAGAAAAUUGACAGAGAUACUUCUGUGGGAAGCAAGCAAGAGACCGAUGUCAACAAAGUUUUCUGGACUGUUCAAGGUAUUCUCAGAAACAAAUUAAGUAAAAGAGGAGUUCGCAUUGUAACAGGAUUAGGAAAGUACUUCAGACAGCUGGACAAGAAAGGAAAUGGAGUCCUUUCUAAGGCGGACUUUAAACAAGCUUUAAAAAUAUUUCAUUUAGAAGUGUCUGAACAGGACUUUGAGACUUUGUGGUUUAUUCUUGAUGACAACAGAAAUGAUGCAGUUGAUUAUGGGGAGUUCACCCGUGCGCUCUUUGGGGAAAUGAAUGAGUAUCGAAAAGCAUUCGUCAGAAAAGCUUAUAUGAAACUAGAUUUCAACAAGACUGGCAGUGUGCCUUUGGUAGAUAUUAGAAAAUGUUAUUGCGCCAAGAAACACCCUCGAGUAUUGUCAGGGGAUGCCACAGAGGAAGAAAUUAAGUCUUCAUUUCUUGAAACGCUGCAGGAUGCCUGCAGUAAUCCAAAUGAAGUGUCAUAUUGUGAAUUUGAAGAUUACUAUGAAGGACUAAGUAUCGGAAUUAUGGAUGAUGAAGAUUUUGUUAAUACCUUAAGGAAUCCUUGGGGAAUUUAGAACUUAAGACACAAAAUAUCAAGGGAGAAAUCUAUCAAACAAGGAGUAAAACCUAUCAAACAAGGAGUAAAUUAAACAAGGAUUUAGUCUUGAUAAGUGUUGCUUUUUAAUGAAUUUCUUACAAAUUUGUUCUAAAAUGAGUACAAUUUGAGAAUGAUAAGUUAUAUAUACAACUCCCUUUGAACUAUGUUAAGCAUUACUUCAGUAAUUUUUUGUGCGUUUUGCUGAUCUUUGUCAGAAAAGUUAGUAGCUCUGUGCACUUCCAUCCUAGUGACCGUGUAAUUUGUCAAUAUUACAAUAAUAAGCUAAAAUAAUAACAUGGAUGAAAUACAUGCAGGUGAAAACAUACUGUGCGUUAUAAAUACUAAUUGUAUGGUGUACUGUCAGAAAACUUUAUAUUUGAAUAGUGUAUGGAUAUGGUCACUGGGUUCUCUCUAGGAUUUGUUACUCAUGAAAAAGCGGGCUGUAUUUGAUUCGGACUCGACCCAAUUCGGAUCACUGUCCCAAUUCCAUUAGCUGAUUCAGAUCACUGUCCCAAUUUCGAUUCAGCCAAAUCUGAAUCUGAAGAUUUGAUUCUAA